CGUUCGCUCCUCCGCCCGGGGACCCCAGCAAAUCACAUCCGGAAGAGGGGGCGCGAGGGGCGGAGCGCGCCCGGAGGAGGAGACCGCGCCUCCCGCCGCCGCCGCCGCGCUUCGCCUCCUGCAGAACCCGCAGUCUGGCUCUCGCGCCCCGAGCCCCUCCAGGCCCGAGACUCCCACAGGUGAUGGCGGCCGAGGGGGCGGGGGCCUUAGAGAGCGCGGCGCGCCCGGCGGCUGGCCCGGCCCCCGUCGCCUGGUCCAGGGAAGCGGAGGCGCGCUGGCGGCCCGACCCCGCAGCGGGCGCCGGGACAGCGCCUCCUGCCCCCGGGCGCCGGGAAGCCGCCUCUGCCCCCAGCCUGGGGAACGGCACGGUGGGGAACGAGGCCCCAGCAAGCUGUGGCUCAGAGGACAGGGGGGCUCGGGCGGGAGCCGGCGGGAAGACCGAGGAAGUGACGACUGGGAAGGGCGCCAUCUUCGUGGAGGAGGCAGUGGAGCGGGUGGAGAAGCAGCCGAUGGGGGAGGAGAAGCUGGUGGGGGAGGAGAAGCUGGAGGGGGACGCUGAGGCACAGGAGGGCCCAGGCCCCCUCAACCUGGAAGGCCUCAUUGUGGACCCACUAGAGGCAAUCCAGUGGGAGCUGGAGGCGGUCAGUGCCCAGGCCGACAGGGCCUACCUGCGGCUGGAGCGCCGGUUUGGGCGGAUGCGCCGGUUGCACCUUGCCCGGAGGAGCUUCAUCAUCCAGAAUAUUCCGGGCUUCUGGGUCACAGCCUUCCUGAACCACCCGCAGCUGUCAGCCAUGAUCAGCCCUCGAGAUGAAGACAUGCUCUGCUACCUGAUGAAUCUGGAGGUGCGGGAGCUCAGGCACGCCAGGACAGGCUGCAAGUUCAAGUUCCGAUUCUGGAGCAACCCCUACUUCCGGAAUAGGGUGAUCGUGAAGGAGUAUGAGUGCAGAGCCUCCGGCCGGGUGGUGUCCGUCGCAACUCGCAUCCGUUGGCACCUGGGCCAGGAGCCCCCCGCCCUGGUGCACAGGAACCGCGACACUGUCCGGACCUUCUUCAGCUGGUUUUCACAGCACAGCCUCCCGGAGGCCGACACGGUCGCCCAGAUUCUCAAAGACGACCUGUGGCCCAACCCCCUGCAGUACUACCUGCUGGGGGAUAGGCCCCACAGAGCCAGGCGGGGCCUGGCAAGGUGGCCUGCAGAGUCCCCUCCAAGGCCCUACGGCUUCCAGUCUGGCUAGGUCAGCCGGGAUGUGGCGCUUACGGGACCGCCUCUGCCUCCUGCGCUCAGGCCACAGCGGGCGCUGUGCCACCUGCUUUCUCUCCCGUGCCCUCAGGCUCCCCUGGAGGUGCAGUGAACUCAGCCCCGAGAUGCGAGGCCAGUCCCUACUGUUUCCACGUGGGCUUCGUGUUCUGUUGGCAUCACGUGAUGCCACAUGUCACCUCUGCAUGUACACCAGGCACCCAGUGCCGUGCUUGGGUGCUGCCAGCAGCUUCGUGGCCUUGGCCACUUUUGAAACAGGCAGCCACAGGGCAUCCCUAGGGGGACUGCUGCCUCUUGGAGGCCUGUUGCUUCGAGGCCCCGACCUGCUGGGGGUCACAGGGGUGCUACCUGUGCCCACGGCGGCCCUGCCUUGUGGCUCCGAGAGGCAUCACUCAAGAUGAAAUAAGUGUAUCGGGGGCUGGUGCCAGCGGGCUUGGACAUGCUGUGGCCCCAGGACCACAGGCCAGGCCUCCACCCGGAGCGUCUGCUGGGCGUCAGGAGGUCAAGGGCAUGAAGCAGCGGGCAGUGCAGCGCUUGCUUUGUGGUCACACUGCCCUUCCUGCCCCGGUCCUGCUCCCCAGCCUGCUCUUGGCCCAUGAGCCCCAGCAACGCCUGGCCAUUACUUUCCCGCUGUCAGCCCUGUCGCCUGUCCCUGGGUCAACAAGGGCCUCAGGAACCGCCUGUUCCUGCGGGCGGACCUGGUGCCAGCACACAGGAGAGCCCCUGAUCCCAGGAGCUCCGCCAGGCCGGCCUGUCUGGAUGUGUGCUGCAGAUGAGGGCGAGACUGGGAGCCCUCCCAGGAGCCCGAGCCUCGGGCCCGCACAGAAUCCAGGCCCUUUGCCAGCCCCUGCUGCCUCCACCUGCUUUUAGGCGGCCAGGUAGCAGGUGCCAGACAGGAACGUUUCUAGUCGUGGGCCUCUGUACGGCACGUCUUUUUUUUUUUUUUUUUUUUUUCUUAAAGUGACAGCUCAAAAACAAAAAAACAAGGGAAGAAGCAAUGUGGUUUUUUGUUGUUGUGUUUUUUUUUUUUUUUUUUUUUUUUUUUUUUGACAGGCAGAGUGGACAGUGAGAGAGAGAGACAGAGAAAGGUCUUCCUUUUGCCGUUGGUUCACCCUCCAAUGGCCGCCACGGCCGGCGCACCGCGUUGAUCUGAUGGCAAGAGCCAGGAGCCAGGUGCUUUUCCUGGUCUCCCAUGGGGUGCAGGGCCCAAGCACCUGGGCCAUCCUCCACUGCACUCCCUGGCCACAGCAACCGGGACAGAAUCCGGCGCCCCGACCGGGACUAGAACCCGGUGUGCCGGUGCUGCUAGGCGGAGGAUUGGCCUAGUGAGCCGCGGCGCCGGCCCGAAGAAGCAAUGUUUUGCAGACAGGUAAGGAGACAGACUUUCCCGUUGAAUUUGCCUUUUCGUGUCUGUCUCCAGAGAGGGAGACCCUGUGCCAUAGACUGCCAGUGCCCUCUGCUUCGCCAAAGCCUGGACAGUGCAUGGCAGCUGAGCGGGAUCCAGGAAGUCCCUGGGCAUGAUGGUUAAUCACUUCAUUGAUGCUGUUCUUCUAGAAGAACUGUAACCCUGACUCCGUUCUCCCGCUGCCAGGUCCAAACCCCUGGGGGCUCCUGUGGGUGCUGCGCUGGGUUGCCUCUGACUGCCACCACCCCCACCAGGCUUGCGGGGCUGGCUGGCUGUGUGCCCAGGCGCCUUCCUACAGAAGGCCUUGUCUGCUGCCUCCCCAGCCUGGGGAGGUGGCAGAGGCUGCGAAGGGAGGAGGGUGCAUGUUUCGGACCCGCUGCUGUGUUCUGUAAGUUGGAGAAAGAGCAGAUAACUGAGCUUCGCAAGCUGUCCCUUUCGGCCAGGCCCCCUUGUCCGGGGGAUGUUGGUGCCGUGCGCUCGGGGUGUUGCUGCUCGUGAGGCAGACCCUCGCAUCCCCUGCUGUUGCAGCGCACCGGCCUGCUUGUUGCUUUCAGUGGAAGACACUGACGACUGUCACUGUCAUUUUUCUAUGCCGUUUGGACACUCCCAUAACUUGUCACAGUUGCCAUCGAGUUGUGUGGCCACCACACUGGACUGCGAAGCAGUGGGAGCCGGGUGGCUGGGGCCGUGUCGUGGGACGGUGACCUCCACAGGGGAACCCGGGCGUCUGUGCCCUUGUAGCUGGCACCGCUGAGUUGGCCGGUGCAGCUCCUAACCAGAAAUGCGUCUGCGGGGGCUUUGGCCCAUCAGAACAGACUCGGGGCGUUCCUGUCUUCUAUAUGCAUGAUGGAAAAAUAAAAACCUUUAAGUCUGGGGAAAAGAACGUAGAUCCCGUUACUCCCCCUUCCGGAACCCCGGGAGCUGGGGGCGGGGGGCACCCCGCACUGCAUCUCCCCUCUGCCUCCCCUUCACUCUGGCCGCUCCUUAGCACCAAGCACGUUGCAGCCUCCGGUUUCUGUGCGCAUUCGCCCUCUGGAAGGUUCCUGCCGCCAAGGCUUCAGAGAGCCCCCUGCCCAGUCGUGGCACCAGAACCCUCUGGCCGCCCCUCCAGAUUUCCUCCCUCUGAAAUGAUCUUCCCUCCCCCGUCACGUGCGUCCGAGCUGGGACCUGGCUGCGUGCUGCACUACCCCGCCCCCGGAAGUGGCUGGUGUGUCGUCAUCCAGCGUGUGUGGGUUCCCUGCCUGGCGCUGGCCAAGUUGAGAACCAGGCAGGGUUCCUGCAGGUUCCUGCAGGGUGAGAAGGCCAGUGGGCUGACGGCAGGGUGACCGCAGUGUGCUGUGCAGCUGGAGCACUCCUGGGAGUGAAAAGGGUCACCGCCAAGGUCACACCAGGACGGAGGCUGCCUGGGACGCAGCCCGGCAGACAGGUCGCCCCGGCUGGAGGCGAUCUGGGAUCAGAGGGCGCAGACUUCUCUGAAGCCGGGACGCUGGGGCCUUUGAGGACUGGGCCGGCGUUUAGAACACGGAGCUGCUGGGGGCAAUUCCUGGCAGAGGAUGGGACGGCACCGUGCGCUGGGGACACAGCACAGCCCCUGGGCAAGGCUGCGUGAUGGGUUGAGCUACUUGCUGAAAACAGGAACCCUGCAUCCGAGCCAAGGCACUGUCCUGUGGCUGGUGGGGGUGGGGGUGUCAGGUGUAGUGCAGACUAUGGUGGUCUCAGGGCAGCUGGAGGCCAGGGGGCAGAGUGCCUGCAACUGUAGAUGGCAAGUGUCUUCAGUUUGGACCUUCCCCUUCCGUUUAGGCUACAGUUCUUCCAGGAAGUCCUCCAUGACUGUCCCUACCCAGAGCAGUCUCUGUCAUCUUCCAAGUACAGCCUAAAACCAGAAUUUGAGGCAUCAGAGCUUGUCUGGGCUGCAGUCUCUGGUUUCUCUUUUGUGCCCAACACCUGCCCCUGACGCUCCCAGUGGCAUGAGGGCGAGCCUCUAAGUACCCUGGCAACGCCAGAAGCUGGUGACCGCUCUGCCUGACCUGCACCUGGUGGCUGGCAGGUGCACUUUGAUUCCUGCAGCUCAGGUGUGGACCCCGUGACAUCUUCCAGG